AUGAGAAGGCAACUCCGCUCCAGAAGGGCUCCGGCCUUUCCCUACGGUUAUCGCUACGGACUUGAUGAUCAGGAUGAAGUGAAUCAGAACUACUUAGCAGAUGAGGAGGAGGAAGCAGAAGAAGAGGCUCAGGUGAUGACGGUGCCUGGUCUGGAGGAAGAGGAAGAAGAGGAGGAAGGAAAAGAGGAGGAGGAGGAAGAAAGGGAGGAAGAAGGUCAGGGUCAGCCCACAGGCAAUGCCUGGUGGCGGAAAUUACAGAUCGUGACUGAAUACCUGUGGGACCCGGAGAAAAGGAUGUCUCUGGCCCGAACAGGUCAGAGUCGGAGUCUGAUUUUAGUCAUUUACUUCUUCUUCUAUGCCUCCCUGGCUGCUGUGAUCACCCUGUUCCUGUACAUGCUGUUCCUAGUCAUCAGUCCCUACAUGCCAACCUUCACUGAGCAGGUGAAACCUCCCGGAGUUAUGAUCAGACCCUUCGCUCAUAGCCUUAACUUCAACUUCAACGUUUCCGAACCUGAAACUUGGCGGCAUUAUGUGAUUAGCCUAAAUGGCUUUCUCCAGGGCUAUAAUGACAGUCUUCAAGAGGAAAUGAAUGUAGAUUGUCCUCCGGGACAGUACUUCAUCCAAGAUGGAGAUGAAGAUGAGGACAAGAAGGCCUGCCAAUUUAAGCGCUCCUUCCUGAAGAAUUGCUCUGGGCUGGAAGACCCUACUUUUGGAUACUCUACCGGACAGCCUUGCAUCCUCCUCAAGAUGAACCGGAUACUAACUCACUCUGUAGCCCAACAUCUCACCUUUGUCUGCUCUUGCUUACAGAAAGGUGAUGAAAACGACAUUCGAUCCAUCAAUUACUACCCAGAGUCAGCUUCUUUUGACCUCCGCUACUACCCUUACUAUGGCAAACUGACUCACGUUAACUACACCUCCCCCCUGGUGGCAAUGCAUUUUACAGAUGUGGUGAAGAACCAAGCAGUGCCUGUACAGUGCCAGCUGAAGGGCAAAGGCAUCAUAAAUGAUGUCAUCAACGAUCGUUUUGUGGGGAGGAUAGUCUUUACCCUGAACAUAGAAACCUAG